AUGCGUGGGGAUAUUCCCGAGCCGGUGCCAACAGCGCUGGCUCAGGUGGAUCGCGAGAAGAUCUACCAGUGGAUUAAUGAGCUGUCCAGCCCCGAGACCCGCGAGAACGCCCUACUGGAGCUGAGCAAGAAGCGGGAGUCAGUGCCUGACCUGGCCCCAAUGCUAUGGCACUCAUUCGGCACGAUUGCAGCCCUCCUCCAGGAAAUUGUAAAUAUUUACCCGUCCAUAAACCCGCCAACCCUGACGGCUCAUCAGUCCAACCGAGUCUGCAAUGCCCUGGCGCUGCUGCAGUGCGUCGCCUCGCACCCGGAGACCAGGUCGGCCUUCCUGGCGGCCCACAUCCCCCUCUUCCUCUACCCCUUCCUGCACACCGUCAGCAAGACCCGGCCCUUCGAGUACCUGAGGCUCACCAGCCUCGGCGUCAUCGGAGCCCUGGUGAAGACAGACGAGCAGGAAGUCAUCAACUUCCUCCUGACGACAGAGAUUAUCCCGCUGUGCCUGCGCAUCAUGGAGUCUGGUAGCGAGCUCUCCAAAACGGUUGCCACCUUUAUUCUUCAGAAGAUCCUCUUGGACGACACCGGCCUGGCUUACAUCUGCCAGACCUAUGAGCGGUUUUCUCACGUCGCCAUGAUAUUGGGCAAGAUGGUGCUGCAGCUCUCCAAGGAGCCCUCGGCGCGGCUGCUGAAGCAUGUGGUGCGCUGCUACCUGCGUCUCUCCGACAACCCCAGGGCACGUGAAGCCCUCAGGCAGUGCCUUCCCGACCAGCUGAAGGACACCACCUUCGCCCAGGUCCUCAAGGACGACACCACCACCAAGCGCUGGCUGGCUCAGCUGGUCAAGAACCUGCAGGAGGGGCAGGUCACCGACCCGCGGGGCAUCCCCCUGCCUCCGCAGUGACCGCCGGGCGCCCGCGAGGAAACAGCUCAGGGUUCCACACCUCC